ACAGCGUCCGUAUACUACUUCUCGUCUUGAAGGGCUACCUACCUCUACGUCUCAAGAGGGGCUACAGACAGCUCUCCCAGGCUGUGCGCCCAGUAUUCCCGGAGAAGGUAGCUGUAGAACCUCCACGGCAGGACGCCUCUCAACUAUAUCAGCAGUGGUUUUGCUGAGUGACCAUUCCAGCGCCAUGGCUCAGAAAGCCACGCCAACAUUACGACCCGUUCCGGAUCAACGGAAAUCAAUUUUCAAAGCUCUAUUUGGUGGAGCCGGAGGUGGAGAGGGGUCAGGCUCCUCAACAGCGUCUGCCGAUGGGGAGAAUUCGUUAACGUCACCACAGUCGCCGACUUCGGCUUCAGCUUGGGGAAUGUCCUCAGCAUCGCCAUGGGAAAGUGCACUUUUUCCCGCGACGCAAUCAAAUGCACAGUCUGGAUUUGGCGAGCCAGGAUCUCAGGGUAUUCACCCGGUUGGGAUCGAUGGAAAUACUCAAGCGUCUUUAGCAAAGCCGUUUUCGGCGGCUGUCCACUCACCGGGACUGCUCGACGACGCAAACGCCUUCCUGCCCUCGAUUCUAAACCGUGACACAUCUGUAGAUGACAACAACGACGUAUGGAAGCUUUUCAGCAAAGUCAAAGAGGCGGUGCCAAAUGGGGCGCGGCUCGAAAACAUGACCUGGAGGUUGAUGCAUAUGCAGAAAAAGAAGGAGAAGGAAAAAGAGAAAGCUGGAGAAAAGGAUAUGUCGGAUGGGAUGCAGAAAGCAGAGGGGGCGGAGUCGUCUAUAUCGGCAGACGCUAGUUCUCCGAUGGCCUUCAAUGUCGGUGGAUCAGAAAGCGCCCAGCGGAUGACCGUCACCUCGAACGGAUCAGAUUCAAAGAGCCAAUUACAUGCGUAUCUUACCGAACAAUCGUCGCAAGGCAUGGAUUUCGAGGCAUUCUCUGACUCACCGAAUGCGUCGGAUAUGGCUCGCGAUUAUGUGGGUUUCGGGAGUAUGUCGGACGAAGGUGCAUCUCGCAGAAACUCGGUUUCGUCCAACACUACUCGACCGUCUACAGCUUCUCCAUUAGCCAUAAUGGAAGGCUCAUUCCCAGAGAUGUCCAUGCUAUCUGCAUCGCUGGAAAGCCACUCGUUCACCAGACCCUCUGCGGAGAACAGCAGCACUUUCACUCCAGGAACUAGCGCUCCUGAACGCGCCUCGCCCUUGAAAAGGGGUGCAGCUCGUCGGACAUCUGCAAGGAAUUUGCAUGAGUUCACGACCUGUAAGAACUGUGGGACGAAUAAAACAUCUCUGUGGAGGAGGAACCCGGACGGAGAACCAUUAUGUAAUGCUUGCGGGUUGUUCUUCAAGCUGCAUGGUGUGGAUCGGCCCAUCAGCCUGAAAACGGACGUCAUCCGAACGCGGAACCGUGGGAAGGGGACGCAACCGAAGGGGAAGCAGCGUCGAGAAACGUCAGGGCCGAACAAGCCACCAGCGAUUGCUAGUUUCCGAGAGACGUUGGGUGCCGGGGGUCUGCAGAAUGGAGGAACCGCACCCACACUACUCCGGAGUAUGAGUAGUCCGAAUUUGGAGAUGAUGACGAAUAUACCCUCGGCGAACGGCACCGCGCAUCCCAUGAAAUCAAGUACUCUCGGCCCUACAUUGGGUCAGCCAUUACGGCGGUCGCCUGUUGCGCAAGGGAUUUCGACGAUGCCAGGACCUCCGCGGUCACAGCUGACAGCGGGGUUGAGUUCGGCGUCUGCCGCCAUGGCUGCACAGCAAAUGAUAGCCCAACACCAAAUGCAACAGCAGGCACAGAUGCACUCCGCUCUGUCAAGUGGACUAAUAGGCCCGUAUUCGAUGCAGCAUCAACAAACGAUGGCGCAAUUCCAACACCAUGCCUCUGAGCAUAACACCAACGUACCACUCAAACUCCCUCCCCACCUCCGAAUAUCCGAUUGUCAUGUCUCCAUCGUCCUUCGUUCAGCAGCGCUCGUCACCGAUCAUAUCGCACCACGGCUUCCAAGUCGGGUCGCCAGCAUCGGUGGCAUCAUCACCAGCAUUCCAAACGAACUCCUUCCUGCAGAUGGACGUGACGGGCUCGCCGCGGCACUUCCCGUCUUCUGAACCGGGCUCAUUGUCCUCGAGUUUCGUUUCGGGGGGAGAUUGGAGUCGGUCGU